CUGGCGAUCCCUGGGCAUGCUCUUGGAUAGAUGGAUAAUCGGACAAGUACACCGCAGAGACUUUAUGCGGGUUUUUCAGCUAUGGAAGCACCGAGGUCGCUUGCCUCAUCCGGAUGGAGUUUGAAUCUGGAAGUUAUUCCAUGGCCUCCAAAAACCACCACCACCAAUAAAAAUGGCUUGCUCCGCCACCCCGGCCAGCAUCAAAGCUUCGUGAGCUCUUGUCCUCGCACGUGGACUGCUCGCCCACGCAUCUGGCCUUCUAAACCGUGGCACUAACACAAUGGCAGCGGCUGGAUUGACGCAGUUUCACGUCUCGUAGUUUAUGGUUCGAUUAUUGCAAUUAGCACGAGCUACUGACCGAGUGAGGGAUGGACUUUUUAGGAAUCGAAGGAGCCGAAGUCCAAGGGGGUUGCGGUGGCCCAAACAUCUGAUGUCUUUGGGGUACUGGGGGAGCCCAAAUUCUGCAACACUUGGACCGAAAAGUUGCAAGAAUUUGCAACUUUGACUGGGAACUUGCAUAAUUUAUCGUAAAAAGUGUUGACGGGUGCUUGAUUGGUAAGUGGGUGCAAUUAGUCUCCUCCAAAACCUGGUCUGCAUAGGAUCAACGGCGACUCCAUGGUCCGUGGGAGGGAGCGAUCUGCUGCCUCGAAAGGUCAUUCUUCCCUCGGGAGCACCAUCUUUACCUCUUUCUAAGCAUAAUGCGGAAUGAGAUGAUGUAGGUGGCCCUAUUCGUGAUCCAAGAGGAAAGUCAAGAUUGAAUAAGUGCAGCUGCGUUUCGGGCAUGAGGCAGGAGGAGGGCUCUGUCCGCAAAGAAGACAAAAAGGGAAGUCGAUCAUACUCCUCCUCCUUCUUCCAGAUUGUCGUCUCGCUUUUCGCCAUAUUCUUGCAUGAGAAAGUACGCUGGCGGGUGAAGGGUGAAGGGUGAAGGGUGAAGUUUUCGAGUGAUCGGGCGGGCUAUGAACGAGGGUGAAGAUGGGGGACAGCGCUGUCAACUCACUCACUCGACCGGGGGAAAAAACACAUUCGUGCCGGACGAGGAUGGAAGAAACCGUAGUCGGUGUCACGACGCAGAAUCUAGAGCCGGACAAAAGCGAUACUGGUCUGCACACGUUUUGGCAACCCUUUUCUUGCACCGCUGCAUUUCCAUCGGGCUUCCGUCACGCAUGCCAGAGCUAGGGUUUACCCUUUCCUUGUGCACCACCGAUUCCGCGGCCUCAGCAAAGAGUGCUUCCUUCCGCUCAUUCACUUUUAAAAGAUCCCCAGUGCCCAAGGCCAUCAGAAGAAUUAGAAGAAGAGUGCAUGCCAAUACUUAAAUUGGUACAAAAUGGCUCCAAGUCCAGAGGCUAUGAGGACAUAGAGGGUUCCCUUUUUCCUUGCAAAUCCACCGAUUCCUCGGACUCGAAAAUGAACACGCGGAGGAGGACGAAAUAUGCUGCGGCAGUGAUAUAGGGGCAUGGAGCAAUGGGCGGUAGGGGAGAUUAAAGAACAUGUGACUAUUUCUACGGCAUACGUUCACGCGACGGGAUCAUGAUGGUCAGGGCCAUGGUAACUGAAAAAUCAUCGAGGGCUUGAGUGCGAGUUCACGCGCUGGCAAUGCAAGGCAAGCUACGCGGAUCGUGGUCUACCGUCGGCGAGUGGUGGACAUUUAUCGCAGCGGGUAGAGAGAGAGGGAGAGAGAGAGGGUGGACUCGGGCUCAAAAAAUGCGCGAAGCGAGAUCCGCGUUUUCAAAAAAUCGAUGCUGGAAUCGAAGCAGAAUGUUUCGCAGGUGCACAGAUCACAUGACAUUUGCUGGCCCCGGAGUCGACGAGCUACGGUGGCCCGUGUGCACACGGAGCAGAUUCUCGUUGAGAAGUCGAGUUCAGGCGACGACGACGACGACGACGAUAAUUGCAUGUGCAAUGUAUGUCUGGACAAACUCCAUGACUCCGCCUUUUACUUUAUCCCCAAUGAUUCCGCCUUUCUGAAAAAUCUCUUACUCGCUCGCACCCAUCCUCCACCCCAGGCCUUCAAACGAUCGCAACAUGUUUUCUAGAACGAACAGCACAUUUGCCAUGUGAUUUGGACCCGACGAGUGACGUGGAAUUCUCCAUAAAAGUCCCGCGAACCUCUCGAGCCGAAUAAGCACCAUCGCUCCUCCCCAGAGAUUAUUAGCCCAUAAGAAUGUUCCCCACUUUACCCCCCUCUGCAUAAGCCCUACGUAACUCGUACUUUUCCACCAUUAACCCCCCGACCCACAGCCCCGACUGCGCUGGUAUCCAUGGACGAAGCCCGGGUCGGGUGCUUACUGUGGGGCUUACGGGGACUGGGCAAGCGGCAAGUGGAAGCGAGCGAGCAUAGUCAAGUUUCCAGCAUUAAUCCCCGACUGCGCUGGUAUCCAUGGACAAAGCCCGGGUCGGGGGAUGCUUACUGUGGGGCUUACGGGGACUGGGCCAGCGGCAAGUGGAAGCAUGCUAGAGCGAGCGAGCAUGGUCAAGUCGUGGUUGCUUGACUGUGACUGCAGCAGCAGCAGCAGCUGGAGGCAUGCGGACAACGACAAACGUGACAGCGUUGAGUCGACCCGGAACGACGGACGUGAGGGUAGCCACCGUGGUGGACUGGAAGCCAUGUUGUGCGACUGCCAGGGCGGUCAGUCGACGGUCCUGCUGCGGUCGCCUCUGGAUACUGCGGUUGGGACAAAGUCACCUUGUCGGGAGAGUCGAUAAAGUCGUGGUUAUCUUCUGCGCGCGCGCUCGAGUCCAGUGAGUUCCAGUUCGGUCUACAUAGUACCGCCUCGCAGCGUAGGUACGACUUACUGUGGUCAUGCGUAGGCUCGGCUGACACCUCGUAACAUGAGGGGUGAUGGCUCGUUCUGCCGCCUCACUGUUCCGGACUGCGCUGCUUCCUACUUCGUUCGAUCGACGCAGUGGGUCUCACCCAGCCUCCAUUCGUGCGUCAGACUGCAGCUUCUGACCGACCGACUGUGCCACGGAAAGAGCGGAUGUCAUGGUAGAUUGCCCGAAGUACACCUUUAACCGCAUUUAUUCGGGGUCUCGAUGAGGACAAGGUUUGCAUAGUGCAAUUAUGGCGUCCACAUUAACUCUGCUGUUAACUUCAAUUUACAGUUGGGGUGCUGUUUCAUCAAAGGAGCAAUGCACUUUAAAAGGUCCUCUUUUUUUUUUGUCUCUCUCUCUCUCAUAUUCAUGUUUAACCAUGCG